AUGGAACAGUCAAGUGAUAAUCUUAAGGAUGUGUAUAAAGAAAUUGGUACGAUCGAUAGCUAUUUUGGUGUGAAGAAGGAAAAUGGAAAAAUAUCUCUAUAUUAUGAUCCAUCAUUCCUCAAAUAUUGUAAUUACAGUAAUAACACAGGAAAAGGUGGUUGUAACGAUUAUUUUCAAUGGGCUAGUUGUGGUUUUAUUUAUUUGGUAGAAACAUUAAAGAAGUAUAUUUUAGAUUAUGAUAAACUUGCCGAAUACGCUAUUUUAUGGUUAUGUUAUAAACUAAAUAUAGCGCCAAAUGGAUGUGACAUGAAUUUAGUCAAAUUUUAUAAUAAUCAUAUAGAAAAAAAUAAUGAUUAUAAAAAGAAAAUAAAUGGUGAUGAUAGUCCGACUUAUAAGGAUAUUAUAGAUAAAAAAAAAUAUUUGAUGAAUAUUAAAGAAAUACCUAAAUUUAAUGCCCUAUUUUAUAUAUUAUUUCUAUCCUAUAAUUUAAUUGAUGCUAAUGAUUUCAAUUGCACAGAUUAUUCGAGUUUUCCUACAAGGUUUGUUAGUCAAUUUAAAGAACUCAAUAAAAAUUCUAAUAAUAUAAAAGGCAGUCUAUAUACUCAAAUAUUGUCUACAUUAUCAAAUGAUUAUAAAAAUAUUAAAAAUAUAUAUCAUGAAAAGAAAUCUUGCGAAUUUCCACCUCUUCCAGAAUUAACCCCCAAAAAUCCUGAAGGUACAUCAUCAAGUUCAUCGAUAUUAAACACAUUAAUUCCAGGUUUAUCGACAUUUGCAAUACCGGUUUUCUUGGGAGUUGCUUAUAAGACAAUAUAUAAAAAAAAAAUUAAAAAAAGUAAAGAAGAAAAUGAAACAUAA